CGAAUAGUUCCCAGCAGAAAGGUUCGCUUUUGUGACUUGUCGUCAUAUCUUUCUUGCUUCUGGACGUUUGCGCGAUUACUAUAUUCUUGAAGUUUGUUCGUGUGCUCGAAUUUGUUUCAAGAUGUUCAGAACUGCAGUGCGCCGGUUCGCUGCGACUGGAAUGCACUUUGCUGCAUACGAUGCUUCGAUCAUCAACGUUUCGAGGGCACAAGGCGUUGCACAAAGAGGCCUUUUAGAUGCAAUUGGCAAGACCCCUCUCAUAAAACUAAAGCGACUCUCUGAGGAGACCGGUUGCGAAGUGCUCGGAAAAGCCGAAUUCCAAAACCCCGGUGGCUCAGUCAAAGACCGCGCCGCGCUCUUCGUCGUCGAGCAUGCAGAGAAGCAGGGCCUCCUGAAGCCAGGCGGCACCGUCAUCGAGGGCACAGCCGGCAACACUGGCAUCGGACUCGCGCACGUCUGCCGCUCCAAGGGCUACAAACUCGUCAUCUACAUGCCGAACACACAAUCGCAGGGCAAGAUCGACUUGCUACGACUGCUCGGCGCAGAGGUGUAUCCCGUCCCUGCGGUUGCGUUCGAUAAUCCGGAGAACUACAACCACCAGGCGAAGAGGCAUGCCGACAGUCUCGAGAACGCGGUUUGGACGAAUCAGUUCGACAACACUGCGAACCGACAGGCCCACAUCGAGACGACGGGCCCGGAGAUCUGGGAGCAGACGAAUGGAAAGAUCGACGCUUUUACUUGUGCCACGGGCACGGGAGGCUCGCUUGCGGGAGUCACGCGGUAUCUGAAGGAGAAGUCGAACGGCCGCGUCAAGGCGUUCCUUGCGGACCCUCCCGGUUCGGUCCUGCACUCGUACAUCCAGAGUGGGGGUAAGCUCGCUGAGAGACAGGGCGGUUCUAUCACAGAAGGCAUUGGCCAGGGCAGAGUGACGGACAAUCUCAAGCCGGAUAUCGACCUCAUCGACGACUCGCUCCACAUCGCGGAUGAGAAGACCAUCGAGAUGGUGUACAGGUGCUUGGAUGAGGAGGGCUUAUACUUGGGGGCUAGUUCGAGCUUGAACGUCGUUGCUGCUAAGGAGGUUGCGGAGAAGCUUGGAAAGGGCCAUACCGUCGUGACGCUUCUCUGCGACGGUGCAUACCGUUACGCGGAUCGUUUAUUCUCGAAGAAUUGGCUGCAGGAGAAGAAGCUCAUCGAUUCGAUACCCGAGCAUUUGAAGAAGUACAUUGUCCUCCCAUAGAGGAACGGACUAGUUAAGAUAAAAAUACAAUACCAAUCUUCCAACAAGUGUAUUUCUAUAUUGUUGUAUCUACUAUGUCUAUAGAUUCGGCGACCCACUAACAAAUCCAUUGACCAC